GUACAAGCGUUCUUUCUUUGUCCGCAUGGUCAGUGAUCCCAAAAUGUAUAACCCCAAAAUCGUAGCGAACUCGUCCUACUACUCUGAGUCUAAUCCAUUAACGGUUGCGACAACCCAAGAUAAAAAAGAUACACCGUCUUCUUGGAUCAGCUGGCCACUGGGUCUUCUUCUGCAAGGGGUAUUUGAUGACCAUUCGACCGCUAGACUUCGUUUCCGCAAUUGGGAUACUAAAGUAACUCUGAAACCAACUGGAUCGAAUCAUUACAACAGCAGUCGACAAAGGUCAAAGUCUCCGUACCGGGAUAUUGAUUCGACUGGUUCCAGCCGCUCUGAAUCCCCCGAAAAAUACUAGCAAUUCAAUAGAAAAAGUUACUAUUGCUGUUAAAUCGUCGUAAUUUCCGUGUUUUAUUCGAAAAUGACAAAUACAGGAAAUCAUAGAAAGUA